AUGUCAGUUUUGAGAGUUCUGUACAUAGAUAUUGGCUAUCACCGUGGGGAUGGAGUGGAAGAAGCAUUUUACGAUACUGAUAGAGUUAUGACUGUUUCUUUCCACACUGAUUCAGACACUUUCACGUUUUUCCCAAGAUACGGAUACAGAGACAGGAGAGAGUUGUAUUCUCUGAGUGCACCGUUAAAAGAUUGCCUCAAGGAUAAAAGUCUUUGUAAUCUAUUCAGACCUGUUCUUCAGUGUGGUGCUGAUUCAUUAGCUGAUAAUUGGCCUGGUAGGUUCAACUUGAAAAUCAAGGGUCACGGUGAUUGCCUCCAGUUCGUAAGAUCUUUUAAUGUUCCUCUCAUGGUCUUGGGUGGUGGAGGUUCUGAACCUCGCCUUGUUUCCCGCUGCUGGUGCUACGAGACAGCUGUUGCGGUUGGGGUUGGGGAACAACUUGAGAACGAUCUCAAAGUCAACGAGUUUUUUUACAAGCCAAACUUCAAACAAGAUUUCAACACACCAAGAGAUAUUGAGAUUAAGUUGAAGAUUUUACUGAGGUGUCAAGCUGAGAAGACUCUAAAAUACUGA